AGCGGGGCCGGGACUGGCGGCGACGUGAGCCCUUUGUGGAUGAAGCUGCCUUCCGGGACGCUCUCCGCGCCGGAGCCGGAGCCGGAGCCGGAGCGGCCGCGCCGCCGCCGCUGAGGGGCAAAGCGGCCCCGCGUCCCCCCGGCAGCAUGCGGUGCCCCCCGCUCCUCCUCCUCCGCCGCCGCCUCCCCCCUGCACAGCCGCUGCUCUAGAGCCCGGCGCGGCGGGGCGAUGGGCAGCGCUGCCCGCUGAGCGGGGCCGUGCGAGGCGCGGGGAUGUGGCGGCGGGCGGCGGGCGGCGGGCGGAGCGGGGCGAGCCCCGCGGGGCCCGGCGGAGCGCCCGGCACUGCGCCCCCGCGCAGCGCCCCGCCGUCGGGCGGCCGAGCGGGCCUGGCCGGGGCCGUCCUGCUGCUGGCGGCCGUGGUCGCCGUCCUGCCGAGCGCCCGGGCCGAGCCGGGUAUCAGGCAACAGCAUAUCAACAUUGCUCCUUCUAAAGGACCUUUUCCUAACUGGAGAACUAUACUAUCACCAACACGGCCUUCCACAGAAACUAAGACUUCCUCAGUAUCUGAUAUUUCUAUGGGACAGACUUUGGAGAAUGCCAACUUGCUUCAGAUGAUAAAAACAACACUGACUGGUACACGUACCAGGACUUUGGAUCAAACUCAUCUGUCACCCACUCUUUAUCAAGGUAGUGGAAACAGUGCAUCCCAGGAACCUGCUGAAGUUUCAGCUGAGUCACCUCUGAGGUCAUCGUCUCAAGACACAGAUGAAGCAGCUGCUGUAUCAGGUUUGCUUCAACUUGUGUUAUCUGGAGUAUCUUCUGGUGCAAUACCUACAGUAGGAACUUCAGAAGCAAAACCACUAACAAGAAAAUCACCUCCAACUUCACCAGUGCCAGCUUCUUCCUUCCUUUCUCUAGGCACUGAAAACACACCUUUGCCAUCUGUGAUGGCUUUAAGCACACCGAUACUGACACUAACAAAAAAUAACACUGCCACAAAAUUGACAUCAGAUCUAAGUUCAGUAGGAACACAUACAGAUUUUCCUUUUGCAUCAAGAAACACAACUAUAUCACCUGUGGACAUGACAGCUAUGUUCAUAACCCCUAAAAGCAGCAUGGUCACUGCUUCCACGCUUGCACCCACAGCACACAUACCAAGGCAGAUAGAAACAGCAGUAACUGACACCCAGAAGUUCCCAAGCUCAGAAAUCACCAAAACGUCAACCCCGUAUCCACUGACAAUUACAGCAGCUUUGACGUCUAUUACAGCAUCAGCGAAAACAACUAGGCUUCCCCCUACUCCAGUGGAAAACACCUCUGCUCCUCCUGAAACCACAUCAGCCGCCGCUUUUGCUAAUAUGACAGCAGCUCCUCCCCUGGAUUGCCGCCUCUCCAGGAACCUUAUGGUUAAAACAGUUCUGUUUCUGAACACGAGGAGGAUGCUGAUCAGCAAUGCCUUCAAGGAGAGUGUGAGAAAAGGACUCAACCAAGCGCUGAGACAAGCUUUCAACCAAAAUGUCAGUGCUCAGGUUGAAAUCCUGGAGCAAUCUAGUAAUGUAACAGUUGGUUACUACGUUACACGGGGCAGACUGGUUUUUAUGCCAGCUGCUGUAAUUGAAAGGCUUCUUGCCUAUGGCAUCAGCAACGCCACAGCAGACAUAAAGCAGCACGUGCCGCAUCUCCAGUCCGUGGUGGCCCUGGCCUUGCCGUGGAAGCCCCUUCCCGCCUACCACUUCCAGCUGAAAACAGAGCUGCAGUUUGUGGGUCAAACAGACAAUAUACACUCAUGCAAAUUUGUUCAGACCAUGGAGCAACGGUUACAGAGAGCAUUUCAGGAUGCUGAAAGAAAGGUUUUAAACACCAGCAACAAUUUAACAGUUCAGAUUUUGAACACCUCUAAUGUCUCCCAAGCUGUCACAUUGUUCUAUGUAGUGAACAAUCAAAGCACAACUCUAAAUGGCACUAUUUCCAGCAACCUUCUUAAUCAGCUGUCAGCUGAGCUAGUGGGUUUCUAUCUAACCUACCCACCUCUCACCAUUGCAGAAUCUUUGGAGUACCCAAACCUUGACGUCUCAGAGUCAACUAGAGACUACUGGGUGAUAACAGUUAUUCAAGGGGUUGACAUUGCAUUACUGGGAAUGAACAACCAGAGCUUUGCAAGAUUAAUGGAGCAGCGUUUGGCCCCGCUGUUUAUGAUGUCCCAUCAGCAAGGAAGACGAUUCAAACGGGCCACUACUGUGGGCAGCUACACUGUGCAGAUGGUAAAAAUCCAACGUAUUCCAGGACCCAAGGAGCCAGCUGAACUGACAUACUAUACUUUAUACAAUGGGAAGCCUUUGCUGGGCACUGCAGCUGCCAAAAUUUUGAGUACCGUUGACUCCCAGCGGAUGGCCUUGACACUAGGUUAUGUUAUUCAAGUUCAAGCUGAUCCUGUGGUGAAGAACCCUCCAAACAACUUGUGGAUCAUUGCAGCAGUGCUGGCUCCCAUUGCUGUGGUUACAGUUAUCAUCAUCAUCAUCACAGCGGUUCUGUGCAGGAAGAACAAGAAUGACUUCAAACCAGACACCAUGAUGAAUCUGCCUCAGAGAGCUAAACCAGUACAAGGAUUUGAUUAUGCCAAGCAACACUUAGGUCAGCAGGGAGCUGAAGAUGAGAUUUUACCUGUAACUCAGGAGACUGUUGUACUUCCACUUCCAGUUAGAGAUGCUCCUGCCUCCCAGGAGAGGGAAAUUACUCAGGAUGGGAGCACCAUCAAAACUGCCAAAUCCAAUGAAACAAGGAAAAGCCGGUCCCCGAGUCAGAACGGCUCCAUCAUCAGCAAUGGGUCGGGAAAGCCCAGCUCUGGCCGGAGCUCCCUCCAGAAAGUAAUGGCACCUCAAAAAGUGACAAAAGACGAAGGAAGGAAAAGAAAUGUGCCCAUAAGUGAUGAAGAGGAAGGAGGAAUUCUCUUUGAUAACAUCGCCAAAUCUGCCAUUGACCCCUUCGACACCUCUUCUGGAUCAGUACAGCUGAUAGCUAUCAAACCUGUGGCACUACCUGCUGUCCAUGCUGCAUCAGAUAGGAGCCAGGAAUCUGCCAUCAUUAAUGGAGAGGUGAACAAAGCUUUGAAGCAGAAGUCCGAUAUAGAACACUACCGCAACAAACUGCGCUUGAAAGCCAAGAGGAAGGGGUACUAUGAUUUUCCUCAUGUUGAUAACAAGGGGGGGCUGACAGAGAGGAAAAGGAUGUAUGAAAAAAACCAGAAAGAACUUGACCACAUUUUGGAUCCAGAUGCAGAUAUCUCAUCUCCAUUUGCAGAGCCUAAGAACAGGCAACCAAUGAAGAGCUCGUUAUACAGAAGCAGGCAGUCUUUGAACAGUCCUAGCCCAGGAGAAACUGAGAUGGAUCUUCUUGUGACUCGAGAAAGACCUAGACGUGGAAUCCGUAAUAGUGGAUAUGAUACUGAGCCUGAAAUUAUAGAAGAAACAAAUGUUGACCGUGUCAACGAGCCUCGGAGUUACACCAGGUCCCGUCAGGCCAAAGGCCACUCGGAGACCUCAACUUUAAGUUCUCAGCCCUCCAUUGAUGAGGUUCGACAGCAGAUGCAUAUGCUCUUGGAAGAGGCUUUCAGCCUGGCCUCUGCGGGCCACGGAGGACAGAGCAGGCAGGAGGCGUACAGCUCAGCACCGCACUUGCCCUACUCGGAGGUUGUAACCAGUGCUCCUGGUACCAUGACCCGACCUAGAGGGGGGGUACAGUGGGUACCCACAUACAGGCCAGAAAUGUAUCAGUACAGUUUACCAAGACCAGCUUACAGAUUUUCUCAGCUUCCUGAAAUGGUAAUGGGUUCUCCUCCUCCUCCUGUCCCUCCCAGAACAGGUCCCGUGGCUGUUGCCUCUCUCAGGAGGUCUACAUCAGAUAUUGGCAGCAAAGUGAGAAUACCCGAGUCCAGUGGGGCAGAUCAGGCCCAGCAUCAUGAUCAGGCAUCUUUUGCACCUGGUUCGAGAGCUCCAAUGUCUGUUGGUCCACUUGAUCAAUCAGCUUUUCACUCAGGAAAUACCGUACCAGCAGUGUUUGCCAUACCAGCAGCAAACCGACCUGGCUUCACCGGCUAUUUUAUCCCAACACCACCCACGGCAUACAGGAACCAAGCCUGGAUGCCCUAUGCUGGAGAGAAUGAAUUACCAGGGCAGUGGGCAGACUCAGUACCGCUACCUGGAUACAUUGAGGCUUAUCCACGGUCCCGCUACCAACACAAUUCUCCUUCACGACUUCCUCGCCAAUACAGCCAGCAAGCGAGCAUGCAUCCCAGCCUGGAACAAGCUCCUUUGCCAUCCACCGCAGCUUCUCAGCAAAGCCUGACAGAAAAUGACCCGUCUGAUGCUCCUCUCACCAACAUUUCUACAGCUGCUCUCGUAAAGGCAAUAAGAGAAGAAGUUGCUAAACUGGCCAAGAAGCAAACAGAUAUGUUUGAGUUCCAGGUCUAGUAUCUUUUGUGCACAGUAUUUGUAUCGUGCAAGCUGGGGUAGCCAAGAAAACAACUCUUUUCAUUUUCAGUUACAAACUUGCUGUGAAUUGUGCCAAAGGGAUGGCAUUUUUCUGUCUGAAAAGUCGACACUAUGAAAUGACUCCAAGUAGAGCAAUAGGACUCUGAAGAUACAUAAUUCUGCUUGCCAGCUAAGGAAAUGCUGCCAAGUAACUGUUUAAUAUGGUUAAGAUUGAUCAUAUGCAAUUGUCACUUAGCUUUCGUAUUAUAUGACCCAUCAUCAGUAGAGAUGCUGCUGAACACAUCUGUGCCACAACGAUGUUUCAUUUGCAGGUCCAAAGGGAGAGCUGCUGAAAAUAACUUCUGCAUGUCAGAACUUUGAUUAAAGAAGUAAAUAUAGUAGAACACAGUUAGCUAAAGGCCACGGUAGAUGUGGCGGUGGCCAUGUUAAUUGUUUGCUGCAGGGCAUUGUAUAAGGGAUGCUGAUUUCAGCAAUGAAGAGUCAUUUAGCCUUUUCAUUCCAGAGACUGUAUUCAAACCAAAAGAAUUUGAGAUGAGUAAGUAAUACAAAUAAAUGUCCUGUAAAUAGUCCUGAUUCUCCUCAUCGUAUUAACAGUACAAAGAAGUGAAAGAAGAGAAGACUGUAAAGAAGGUGAAUGACAUUUUGAUAAUUGGUGGCUACCUUGUCCCUCAAUGCCACUGAUGAGUUAUGGAGGGGAGGUUUUUCAGCAUGAGAGAAUACAAUGCAUGAAGAGUCAACAAAGGAUACUGGUGCUAGAAGCUUCCAGGAUAAAUUAAAAAAGGUUAUUUGCGUUUGCUCUAUAUUCAGGCUUUUCAGACUGAAUGCAUGUGAAGCUGGUGAACCUGAGACCACUGAGCAAGUGUUUCCAACCUGGAAUAAUGAAUAUACCUGCUUGGACAAGAAAACCUCUGUUUAACACAGUGCUUUUUUCUCUUUCUUAAACAAUGAUAUCUACUGAAGUGAUGCCAGAAAGUGCUAUCUGAAGCUGCAGCUGAUUUUGAUUACACUGGAACAGUGAAUGCACACCUUGGAAGUUCUGAAUGUAGAGGACCUGAUUAUUACAUUAACAUGUAAAUAAGUAAACAAUGACAUGGAUUAACAAAAAUACUAAUGUUCUGUGAAAAAGAGAGCAUUUCCAGAAAUUAUGCUGACUUUAUAUUGUGCAAGAUAAAGGUCACUAAUUGUUAAACUGCAUUGUUGUAUGAAUCCAAUCUCAAAGGAAGAUCAAACCAGUUGAAUGAAAUAGUAGUUUAUCUUUUGCAGUUGUACAAACUAGUUGGAGAUCACAAUUGUUUUCAGUUCCUUCAGCAAUUAGCUUUGGGAACUGAAGUUGUUGCAAAACUUGUUGUGUUGGGCAUGUUUGAUGUCAACUGGAGUUAAAGGUAAUGUCCUUCGUUUCAGGAAGUUAUUUAGUUAUCCUCAAUUGCUUAUGCUAUUUUGUCUGAUCAUUUCAUUUCCUUGAGUUCUUUGGUCUUUACUAAGGUGAGAAAGGGAACUUGGUUUAGCUUUUGGCCAUUCGUAAAAUGAGAGAAGAAGGGGAUAGAAGAAGAAAUUGAUGAAGCACAAACUUUUAAAGCAGAGCUAUUUUUCCCCCAAAUAAUUAUACUAUAAACCCAGACGGAGAUUGUGAUACAUAGUUAUCCUAGAAUAUACAGAUAUCUUCUGCUCCAAUACCUUAAAUAUUUCAGAAGUUUUUGGAAUGCUAGAUAAUCUUUCAACGAAUGUGAAAUUUCAUUUUUAUUAUUUAAAAAUCAGAUAUAAAUAAAAUGUAUUUUUGUAAUUUCUAUGUAUAUAUGUGCUGUAUAUUUAUAUAAGUGACUAGUCUGCUAUAGUCAGAAACUUUCCAUAAACCAAGUAUAAAAAAAAAAAAAAAAAAAAAGGAAAAGAACCCUAGUAAUUGUAAUGGUCAAUAUGAACAGGCUAUGUUUGGAGUACACAAAUACACAUUUGGGUGACUUGGAUACAAAACAACCAAAGAAAUUCAGUCUUUCACAUAAGUCCAGUAAAGACAGACUGUUCUCAGUUACCCAUCUAAAUAAUACUGAUUUUAUCAGUGUAAUACAGUACAUCCAAAUUGUGUUGAAUGUAUAGCGGCCUAAGAAUGUCAGGCUUUAAAAUAACAACCUAAAAAUACUGGGCCAAACUCAGUGUGACAUAAAAAGACUAGUUUUGAUUGGCUUCAGUGGGAACUUCACUCACUGAGAGCAAGGCUGAGUUUCUCUACUAGGAUUCAUCUAUACAUGCAAAUUUCACUAGAAUCACUUGAACAAUAUUCUGCUUAUGUUUUAAUCAUUUAAUCACUGUAAUGUAAGUGUAGACAUAAUUGAAGAGCGGUUUACUUUUAUUUAGCCUAAGAUGGUUCAUAACUGGCUUACCCUAACUUGGUAAGUGAAAUCUACACUAAUUGGGUCAGUCACCUUUUGCAUCAUAUUUAUUACCUCAGUUUUAGAAUGAUUCAUCUAUUUAGCCCAGUGAAAUUUUGCAAGUAGAUAGGCCCUUCUAUGCAAUGGGAGUGAAAUGCGCUGUGAAAUAAAUUUCUGUAUCUUAGACUCCAGUUUUGCAGAGUUAUCCUAAAGCUGCAAGUGUGGAAGCAGCACCAAUCACAUGGGUGGGAGUGCUGAAGCCAUACAGCAGGGAAGGGUAAUGUUAUGACGUAUUCCCAAAAGAGUCACAGGAGGUAGGAUGUAUCAGAUUUAAACAGCAUCUUUGCAACACUUAGCUCUGUUGUAAAUCUGUACCCACUCUUAAAUUUAAGCAAUUUAGUAAUUCUAUGGAAAAAUGUGUGCAGAUAAAGCCUCAUCUGUCUUAUUUGAUGAAGCAUGUAUCUUGCCAUACUGGAAAUUAAAAAGUUUGGAAAUUACUUAGAUGUACAAGGUUUGGAUGCCUACGUGCAAACAAAAUGAACGAAUAACCCAAAAUAAAAACAUUAAAAUAGCAUUCUAGAAAGAAAAACCAUUUCAGAAAAGUUAAACAAAGUACUCUUCAUACUACUGAGGAAGACCUGUUAGACUUUAAAAUUAAUUUUGUUUGGUAUUGUAUUGAUGAUGUGCAGUCUAUUGAAUAUUCCCUGAAUCAUCACUCUGAAACCAUUGUGGUGCACUUUAUUCACAAAGACAUCUUACAUUCUUCAUUCAUAAUGGCUUUUUAUCCUGUAUGUAAUAUGUUUCUGUAUUUUUUUUUUUUAAGUACAAAGUAAGAUUAUAUCAAGACAGUAAGGACAUUCCUGGGAAAGAAAAAUCAUGCUGUAAUAUUUAUAUCGAGCACAAAGCAAUGAUAAAGUGAAAAUAUAGUGUACAAAUAAUUUGUAAUAUAAUAAACAUUUUGUAUGGCUACAAUUUCAAUAUAGUUUUUCAAUGCUGAUUUCAAGGAAGAAAGUAUAUCUGUUUAAAGUUAUAACCUCAUCAGAAUAUAUUCAUGCCAUUUUUACCGAUAAAUACUUAGUCAUUAAGGCUUUUCUACUAAAUGCCCCAGUUUUCUUUAGAAUGAUGUUACCUGUUUAUGUGAAAAUACUGUUUUCUGUGUACAAAAAUGUUGAUGUUCUGACCACUAUUUGUCUUCAGAUUUGUAAAUCAUCAGUAGAAACAUCUGCGAAUGAAAUGCACGUAAAAUUACUUUUCAGUAUGUGUGCAAUGACCACUUUCAUUAGAUACGUGUGACAUUAACAUCAGUAGAACAGUAAUGUUAAGAGGACAAGAGGGCACUAUUUGACAGUCAUUUUUUGAGAAAAACAUUGUCUGAAUUUGAGAGACGUUCUAGCACUCAGUCUAGAAAUAUGAAUAAUAUUUGUAUCUAAUAAUAUUAUGGGUAGAGCCUGAUAGAAGUGCAUGUAAAUCCUAUAUAUAGAAAUGGAAAAAUUAUCAUAAGUAAUGAUCAUUUCUUUUUCAGACUAACUUUGAAAAGGUGAGAUGUAAGAAAUGUAAGAUAAAAAUGUGAAGCAGGUAGAAAAAGUAUCAUUGGAUUGAGUGGCAAAACUGUCUUGUUUAAGGGAUGAUACAUACGAAGCUAACUACAGUUUUCAUUAUAUCAAGAUGUCUGAUGUUAAAGAAUUAAUCACAUUUUAAUGUACUUUCUAAAGUCCUGCAUUGCAAAUAUAAGCUAACCGCCAGCUUCUAAAAGUCUGAGGGAGCUUGAAAGCAGCAAGUUUUCUGAGCUAGCAGAAGUGACUUUGUUUUGCUGACCUUGUCCAUCCUGUAGACAUCUAAGCAGCUCUGAGUACUGUGUCCAAGGAUGCUGUAAAUCAGUUACGGUCCUGAUGUUGCAUUUCUUGUUCAUAAACAAAUCUCAAUGGCUUCUCAUGCCUCUGACAUGAAGUGGGAUAGGUAGAGAACAAGUGUGAGAUAAUAUAAAGGAUAUUAACAGGUCAGGAGUACCUUAAUUUUCUGGAAGCCAUGGAUCUUCUGUUUUGUGUUAACUCAUACCUACUGGAAAAUGGUUGCAUUUGGCAGCUGUUCUCUUCAUGAUGCAUUCCUUUCAUUUUCAGUGUCUGAUAUGUAUAAAUUAAGACUCGGUCCUAUCACAAGAGUGUAUUGAUUCAUGCUUCCACUCCUUUGCGUAAAUCACAUGCAUUCUCUGUGCAGCUCCACAUGAGAGAGUGGCAUAAGUAACAUGAGUGGUUUCCAGUUACUCAAAGUAAUCUGUUGAAAUAAAACACCAAGUUCUGUGGCAUCUUAUAUAUAUUUUACUACAUGAGGGGGGGAUGAAAAAAAAAAUUACACAAUCAUACAGUAUGUUAGUAUAUUAAUACCAUUAGCCUUUUUUUAAAAUGCUUUGAGAAAAAGGGAAAGUUUGAUCUGCUUACAUCAGGACUGCUCACUAGUAAGAGCAGCAGCCCCCUUCUGCUCAGUGUGCUGUUGUGGCUGACGGAGCAGAUUGCUCCUCUGGCCAUUCACUGCCCCUCCGUAAAAGGGUACAAGCACACAGCUAUUUGGAGUGAAACAGACAUAAUACUGAAAAUAAGUAUGUGGUCUAAAUAACAUCUAUCUAGCUCUCUGUGAUUGCUCCAGAUCCACUACUGGUCUGCUCAGCAAUUUUUACGAGCCAGUGUUCAAAGAGGAAUGAAUUAGCUCAAGCUUGUUUACUAUAAUGUUAUUUAGAUAUAGCACUGUAGACUUUGUAACAGUGUUAUAUGGAAUCAGUAUGUCAAGUGGUAACUUAUACCUUAUGUGCUACUCUUUCUUUUCAUGGGUUAAUUUUUUGGCUAUUACUCCAGGACUAAGAUUUUUUUUUUUUUUUCAUAUCAAAAUACUUCAAAGUUAAAUUUUUCCAUUGUAAAGGGUAGGCAUGCAAAUUGAGGAUAAGAGUACUCACUGAGAAUGCUUUUUUUUGAACUAUUGCCUUUCUCUCAUAAAUAAAUAAUGCACAACUCAACUUGUGGAAAUGAGAUUUAUAUAGGUGAGUUAAUGAAUUGUGUACUGACUUCCUCUUUAAAAGAAGUUUUAAGAGGGCCAAGUCAUAAAGGCAAAGCUGGUUAAUACCACAGAAUAAUCUCUACUGAGAAUAAAUGCAUUGCACAGUCUUGAUCAAAAAUGUUUUGCUGUGCUCAAUGAGUGAAAAGCAAUCACAAAAAUGUGCAUCUGAUGAUUCCUGUUAUGUGGGAAACUUUUUGCUUGGGCUGUGUACAUGACAUGGGACAUGAGACAGGGAUUUUGAUGGGGCUCUGAGGUGGAUAGACUACCUUAUAUAACACAUUUGCACUUUGGGUGGACCUUAACAGUAAUAGCCAUAAAAACUACAGCCACCAAAGUGGUAUGGCAGAAAGGUGGUUUAGGUCCUGAUUUUUAAAACUGAUGAGAUGUCCCAAAAUCAUAUAAUACUUCACAUCUUUAAAAUCACCUUGAGACCAUAUUCCUUGAAGAUUUUCAAUAAGACUGUGGUAUCAUACUUAUAUAUAUAUAUAUAUAUGUACACGUGUGUGUGUGUCCAGAAAUAUCUUUUGAAAACUAGUUCUUCAAUCCGUCUAUUUGUCCCCAUCCAUUUCAGGUUCCUUAAGAUGUACAGAGGCAGUAAUGAAGAGUUAGUUGCCAAAAUUUUUCUGUUAUGAAGCUCAUGAAUGAUGAUAAAUGUGUUUUAAAUAAUUAGAUUGUCAAAUGUAUAGCAGAUAUCUCGAAAAUAAUUACAAAUACCAUGAAGAGGUGUUUCAGGAAUUUGAUUUUUUUGCAUUUGUUAAAACUAAUUCUUGUUUUAAGAAGUGCCUGACUUUUCAUGAAUUUCCAUGCUCAAUUCAUUCCCAAGCAGUAGCUUGAAACUAUAUUACAUUCUGUAAAUAAUUUUGUAACUUUAUAAAUACACAUUUACCUACUAGGCAAUAAUGGGUCCAAAUGAUUGUAAAUCAUACAGAAAGCUGAUUCCACUGAGUACAGAAUUUAGAGAGGAAGUGAAUUUUUCUUCAGAGCAUGUCCCUCUCCACUGCACCUCAGUGCAUUUCUAUGCUUUGUAAAUCAGUGUCUAAAUACCACAACACACACUGGUAUCAGUUAAAAGCUCGUGUAUCUGGCAAAGAGCACUGACUUCUGCAGCCUCUAGCUGGACCUUGUAAAGAUUGCCUGUGUAUAUGAUUAAUUUUUUAAACUAUGAGAUCAGAAAUUUCUGGGUCCUUAACUCUGGCUUUUUGCAAGGAAUCAGUGGCUUUUAGGUCCUGCGUCACCAGCAAACUUAACCAAUAGAUACCUUGGGAUGUGAUGCAGCAGAAUACAUCAGUCUAUGACAAGGAUUCUCCAGGAUCUAAAAAGCAAAUGACUGUAGCAGAAGAAUAAGUGGUAAACUUCUAUUUCGGCAGUGGAUGGACACUAAUUAAUUAUGAAUUGAUUACUACUGCAGGUCAGAGAGUCUUGAAGUUAGUUGCUUGGAAGCAAUUUUAUGUAUUUGGUUAGCUUUUGAUUUUCUCAUUUGUUAAAACAGUGCAAAAAUAGGAACAUUAACAGCAUAUUCUAUUUCAGAGUUAUAAACAUGGAAGAUCUGAAUGUAAGUAAACUUGAGGUUUAGUCUUUGUCCUUGCCUUUAUCUACUACUUUCAAUACUGCAAGUAGGAAAAAACCCCCUACUUUAGCCUCCACCAUAUUAAUUUUAGUAUUUCCUUCUAUAUCAGAGAGACUGGAAAUGCUUUUUUCAUUUCAUGUUGGUGUUGGGUUCUGCAAACUGUAUUCAAGGUCACACUUAAUAGAAAAAAUGACAGUGAAGCCAAAAAAUUUGGAAAACAAGAUAGAACCCAUCUUACUGAGGCUUGAAUUUUGGUUUAGGAUUUAGCAGCCCAGCAGAAACAGCUCAGACCCAACAAAGGGUCUGUUCUGGGAGGUUCUUUGGGUCUUGUUAGAAAGGACCUGUGUACAGCACAGAUAUUCCUAUGUUCUUUUUAUUUUCAUUUAAUGUCUUUUUUGCCAUUGCUGUGCAUUCUGAAUUUGACAUUUACAUUGGUGCAGACAAAGAGGUGCACUCUUUAGCUCUCUUGAUAUACUGCUGGUGUGACAGAAGUAGCAACCAACAUAUGUGAUAUAAUUUUUAAUUAACUAUGGCACUGCAUGGCUUUGGCCUAUGUUCUGCUUUGUGAUACUUAGAGAUAUCAUAGUAGUAUUAAGGCAAAACAUGAAUACAGAUGAUGUCCUCCACUGAAGUUAUUGGCAAAACACCUGCUUACUUCAAGGGCAGCAGGAGUGAUCCAGCAUCAUCUCAAUGAAUUACCCAUCACAAAUAUCUUAAAAUUGUGCAAAAAGAGGAAUUGGUGCUGUCUGGUUAUGGACAGCUGGAAAUUAGGAGAUCGGAGGGCAGCUGACCCUUCUUCAGAAUUUCGUAUUUGUCCUAGGCAAGGCACUUAAUCUGACUAUGCCUCUGUCCCCAUCUGUAAAGCAGGGUGAAGGGACUGCCUCUCCUCACACCUCUGGUGAGUGGCAGAACUAACUGAUAAUAUUAGAAACACUGAAACCCUGGAAUGCAAGUGAAUACCUUAGUAUGAAGCACUGUUUAUUAUUACAUGGAGCAUGGCAAUUGUUCAAGACUAUAAAUUACCUGUUCCUCUGGUAGCAUUUAAAUAUACGUAAAUUUACAAGAAAAAAACUCCACCUCCUGAUACUAUUUCAGUAUGUUCUAGGAAGCCUUUCCAAUAACACCGUCUAUACUUUUUUGCAGAGGUGUUAUAUCAAUAAAUUGUUUCACUUCCCAUGCAACAGAUCUCACUUUCUGAUUAAAAGAACUUUUCUUAUGUCUUUGAAUUAUGGAAAGGACUAGCUCUGCAUGAUUACAACUAUCCAUGUUAUCUUUGUUGUUCACAGCUUGAUUCAACUAAACUGUAAUGGCUGUGUCUGUGAAAAUUGCUCAAAAUUUGUGUUUCAGCUGUAAAUGGGAAAAUUAGUUGUCUGAAGCCAGUUAGAGCUGCAAAAUUGAGAGUGAUUUGUAAAUCCAAGUCCAGGGAUUAAACAGAAAGAGGAAGAAAAUAAUUAAUUAAAAUUUUAUACUAUGCAAUCAGAAGGGAAAUCUCCGAGAACUGGUCCCUUUUGCAAUUACAAAUGUAAAGCCACACCAAUGGUAGAAUUUUAUAUAUCACUGAAAAGGAGGCACUUAAAAUGUUCUGGGUCAUUACCAAAUGGCUGUGUUUCUACUCUGAACUGUAGGGUGAUUCUAGAAAUGAAGCUUAAGAGUAUAUAGAAUAGUUUCUUUCAUGUUAGUGGCUAUAGCUUAGUUUAAGUUGUACAUGUUUUUUCUUGGCAAUUUUGCACUUUAAAUAAAAUAUGUCUUAAAAUCUA